AUGGAACCCAAACUUCCCAGUGAAGAAAUUUUACAAAAGUUGGUAUAUGCUUACCUAUGGGAGAAAGGAUAUGAAAGGACUGCUGAGGUAUUCCGAAAUGAUACUCAACUUACUGAACCACCUCAUGGUAUGCUUCUCUUCACCUUUAUACUUGCAUUUGCAACCGAUGUUCCAUUCAUCUUCUUUUCUUUGUCACUGACUCAUUAUUUUCUUAUUUUAUUUAAUCAAGAACCUUCUAGAUUAUUGUUAGACAUCUGGAAUCAUUUCUAUGAGCGGUUUAACCCUAGAGAUAGGCAUCACAUGGGACAAACUUCUCGCCAGAAUCUGCAGCAGCCCGGUAAUAGUUCCAGUCAGAGUCCGGUUAUACUGCAGCAGCGAAGUAAUACUUCCACGCAGAGUCAGGUUAUAGUGCAGCAGCCCAGCAAUAGCUCCACGCAGAGUCAGGUUUUAUUGCAACCGCUAGACAUUGGUCCUCUAAUGAACAAUGCUACUGCUCAAAAAAUUUGGGAUGAAACUCCAUUUCAACACCAUUCAAGUUUUGGAAGCGGUGCCAAACUUAUGUCCUGCGAUGUUUCAUCAGAUGGAAACAUUGUAGCAAGUGGAGGGCAUGGCGCAUACGGGAAGAAGCCUGAGAAAGUGUUGCGCUAUACGGUACAUGAUGCACAUAGACAUAGAGAGACUGUAAGAUCGUUGGACUUGGAAAGAGAGAUUGAAAUUCCAAAGAGGUUUAAUCUUUCACCUUCCAUGGAGGACUUGUUGAAGAGAAAUGUUACAAUGUUUGCUGCUGGUUUUAGAGCAAUUACCAAACUGCAGUUGCAGGCAAAGGCCAACCUUUCUGGCCGUAGUGUUAUGUCUAAUUUGGAUUCUCCGGUUGUAUCUGGGGCCGAUGUUGCGGUUCAUCAGUGUGGACAUUCUCGGUUUUCUGAUAACCAAGAUGCUGUGAACUCAGUGCUGAGUAAAUUUCGUGACUUGAAUCUUGAUAAGAAUUUUGAGUUUGGGGCAGAGGAUCAGAAAGAUGAGGUGAUACAAAGUAUGUUUCAUCAGAUAAAAGAUUUGGAGAAACAGGCCAAAGCACGAAAAGAAUGGGCUCAGCGGACAGCACUGAACGCAGCAAAGAAGCUAAGCGAUAAUAUGACUGAACUCACAACGUUACGGACGGAUAGAGAGGAUACCCAAAAAUUGCAGGCACUUGAGGAUACAACCAUGAAGGAAAUGCUCUCGGAGAUGGAGAAGGGUUUGAGAGCGGCUAGUGGUCAAGUGGACCGCGCAGUUGAAGCUGUGAAAAGAUUAGAGACUGAAAAUGCAGAAAUUAGAGCAGAGAUGGAGGCUUCCAAAUUAAGUGCAUCAGAGUCAGACACAGCUUGCUUAGAAGUUGCGAAAAAGGAGAAAAAAAUCUUAAAGAAACUUCAAGCUGGGGAAAAACAGAAGGCUGAGCUACAGAAGGAAGUUUCAGAUUUGAAGGAGAAGAUAUCAGAGGCACAAGAAGUGUUGGGUCAGACUUUGCAGCGCCAAAAAGAAGCCGAGGUUAAAUGGAAGGAGGAGUUGAAGGCUCAAGAAGAUGCCUUGGCACUAGUUGAGGAGGAGUACCGAGCCAAAAAAACAGCUGAAUCAAAUAAUAAGAGGGAAUUUGAGGCUUUGCGUCUGAAGAUAGACAUAGAUUUCCAGCGCCACAAGGAGGAUCUACGCAGACUUGAGCAUGACAUUCCGCGCCUUAAAGCAUCUGUUCGUUCGGCUGUGUUGCACCACCAGUCAAAUACUUCAGAAAAAGAAGCUAAUAACAAUAGAGAAUGCAUUAUAUGUAUGAAAGAUGAUGUCUCCGUUGUUUUCUUGCCAUGUGCUCACCAAGUCAUGUGUGCUAAAUGCAGUGAUGAGUAUGGAAAAGAAGGAAAUGCUUCUUGUCCUUGCUGCCUGGUUCAAAUCCAACAGAGAAUCCGCGUAUUUGGGGAAUGA